UUCUAAUUGUUGUAGGGUAGAGUUAUCGUACUGUACUCUGUACUGAUCAUUUUUAAUUUUUCAUAAAGAAAAUGUCUUCUGCAGUCUGCAAAAUAUUCACCAUGGCCAAAACAGGGUCGAGGAUUGCAAGGCCAUGUGUACAAUUAGUAAACCAGAGAUAUAUCGGCAGCCCCCCGAAAGAUGGAUACAUAUACGUAAACGAUAAAGAACCAGGCAUGGAUAUGAGUUCCAUCACGGACCGUGCCGCCCAGACAAUCUUCUUCACUGAAUUAGUAAGAGGUUUCGGAGUUACCUUGGCUCACAUUUUCAAAGAGCCAGCUACCAUAAACUACCCUUUUGAAAAAGGUCCUUUGAGCCCCAGAUUUAGAGGCGAACAUGCCUUAAGGAGGUAUCCAUCGGGAGAGGAGAGGUGCAUCGCUUGCAAACUUUGCGAAGCCAUUUGUCCCGCCCAAGCCAUCACGAUUGAAGCCGAAGAGCGUGCCGACGGAUCGAGACGGACCACGAGGUACGAUAUCGAUAUGACGAAAUGUAUCUACUGCGGAUUUUGUCAAGAGGCGUGCCCGGUAGACGCGAUCGUGGAAGGUCCCAACUUUGAAUUCUCUACGGAGACCCAUGAGGAGUUACUGUACAACAAAGAGAAGUUGUUGAACAAUGGAGACAAGUGGGAGAGCGAGAUUGCGGCAAAUAUCCAUGCCGAUCAUCUCUACCGUUAAAUUGAGUGGCGUAGUAGCAAGUUGUAUAGAAAUUGUAUGAGUAUUUUAAAUUAAAAUGUUGUAAUUUA